CCUUAACUGUCACGUAUACAAGAAUCGAGAUAGACUCUCGUUGAUCUUUUUCUGCUAACACCGUACCACGAAGGAUGUUUCAACUGGUGUUAGGCCUCGUUUUGGUUCUCGGUAUUAAUGAGUGUUCCGGGAAACCUCCUUACGGUGAUGCUAUUCCUAACGGCAAAGCUGUCCCUAACCCGUGUGCACCAGCUGGCACUACGUGGCUAGGCGUUGGUCACACCACCCCGUCAGGAGGCGGAACGAGAAACUUGUUCGGAUCGAACUUCCUCGACGAAGAUUUAGAAUGGACCAACACACUGUGUACGAUGGACUCCGAUGCGGAUGGUGUAAGUAAUGGGGCGGAGCUGGGAGACCCCGACUGUACAUGGACUAAAGGUGCAGCACCAACACGUAAUGCUACAGGCCACCCAGGGAUCUGUGAACCAAUAAGCCUGGUUCAUUGUCAACUACAGAACAAUAACUGGAAUAUACAGUGUGAUAUGUACCCCUAACUACCAGCUCAUGUGAUUUCUACCUGGGUCAUCACUUGACACAGUCAAGGCCAAAACUUCGAAGGAUUUUUUUUCCAAAAGCAACAAUAUUUUGUCUGAAUUUCUAUUUUUGAAUGCAACGACAAUGGUUUGUUUUUCACAUUUUGAUACUAAAGAAACGACACAAUUCGAAUUUAUGAUAUCAAACGGAGUUGACGACGAUACAUUGAAGUGCUACAACGUUUAAUCAAAGCAAACAAUUCAAAAAAAAAAUCAUCGCAUAUUUGAUAUCAAUGUUAAAUCUUAGUUAACUGUUUUUUUGGUAAACUGUUGGGCGUAAAUUCUGAUUGCUUUGUUUAUUUAAUUACCUUUUCACUGGAAAUUAAAUUCCGCGAGGAAAAGAUCAAUUGA